AUGGAGGUUCCCGAUGCUGCCAAUGUUCGUAUAAUUACCACUCUUGGACACGUUGAUCAUGGCAAGACUACACUUAUGGACGCCUUGCUCGCCGCGAACAACAUCAUUUCUCCACGAAUGGCGGGUAAGAUGAGGUAUCUGGACAGUCGAGAAGAUGAGCAAGAACGUGGAAUCACUAUGGAAAGCAGUGCGGUCUCGCUCAAAUUUCAGGUUAUGGAAAGGUCUACAGAUGGCGGUAUAAAACCCCGAACGUACGUGGUCAAUAUGAUUGACACACCCGGACAUGUCGACUUUUCCAGUGAAGUAUCUACCGCCUCGAGGUUAUGCGAUGGAGCACUCGUCUUGGUUGACGUGGUGGAGGGAGUUUGUACGCAAACUGUUGCCGUCCUUAGGCAGGCAUGGCACGAUCGCCUGCGCCCAAUCCUUGUAAUAAACAAGUUCGAUCGGCUCAUUACAGAGCUGAAGUUGUCGCCUAUAGAGGCAUACCAUCACCUUGCUCGAUUAAUCGAACAGGUCAACGUCGUUAUGGGCAAUUUCUUUGCAUCCGAGAGGAUGGAAGACGACCAACGGUGGCAUGAAGAACGGGAGAGACGCCUGGCGGAGAAGAAGGACGCAAUUGCUGACGAAGCCGAUGCAACUGUCAACGAUACUGAAGAAUUCCAAGAAAAAGAUGAUGAAGACAUUUAUUUCGCCCCGGAGAAAGGCAACGUAAUUUUUGCUUCUGCUCUUGAUGGAUGGGGAUUUCGUGUGGGCAAAUUUGCCCAGUUGUAUGCUAAGAAGCUAGGCAUCAAGGAGGCCAAUUUACGUAGAGUCCUAUGGGGCGACUUUUUCCUUGACCCAAAAACCAAACGAGUUAUCAGCUAUAAACACCUUCGAGGAAGAGCCCUCAAACCUCUUUUUGUCCAGUUUGUGCUUGACAAUAUCUGGGCUAUCUAUGAUGCGGUCGUGGUGAACCCCAAUCCAGAUAAGGUUGCAAAAAUUGUGACUACCCUCGAACUCAAAAUUCCACCUCGCGAUCUUAAAUCCAAGGAUACACGACACUUACUCUCCCUCAUUUGCACCCAGUGGCUCUCCCUGUCGACAUGCAUCAUCCAAGCUGCCAUUGACAUCGUUCCUACUCCACCAGUAGCUCAAGCCACCAGAAUACCCAAAAUGCUAUAUCCUUAUCUAUACGAGGCCACACUUCAACCCAGAAAUAAAUUGGAAGAAGAUCUUUUUACAUCAAAAUCGGGAUCCAAAGCUUGUGUUGUCGCGUAUGUCAGCAAAAUGUUUGCGGUAUCUUCUAAAGAUUUGCCAGAGAACAAGAAGAAGCCUUUGACUGCGGAAGAAAUGAGAGAAAGAGCAAGAGAAGCAAGGGCAGCACGAUCAGCGGAAGCAAAGGAGGAACAAAAGCCUACUCCUCAGGAAAAUAUUCCUAUUUCAGAAGCCAAACAACUGGAGGUGGAAGAAGACUCCAAGAAAACCGAUGGCGAGGUCGUACUUGGUUUUGCACGAUUGUACUCCGGUACAAUCCGUGUAGAUACUUCUGUAUAUGCUCUACUUCCAAAGUAUAACACAGAGCUGGCGCCGACACAUCCCAACAACGUUAGAUACCUACUCACUGCAAAAGUUGAAAGUUUAUAUGUUAUGAUGGGUCGCGAGCUUGUGCCUGUGACCGAGGUACAUGCUGGAAAUAUCUUCGCCAUCAAAGGGCUUGAAUCCAAAGUAUGGAGAAGCGCCACCUUAUGUAGCCCGGACGACGCUGGAAUAGUAGAUGGACGGGCAUCGGAAGACAAGGACUGCUUGAUUAAUUUAGGGGCAGUCAACAGAUCGGCUGCACCCAUCGUUCGCGUUGCAUUGGAGCCAGAGAGGCCUGCUGAUAUGCCGAAACUUAUCAAUGGGCUCAAGCUUCUCAGUCAGUCAGAUCCAUGCGUCGAAACUUUCCAACAACAAACGGGAGAACAUGUUAUAUUAACCGCUGGAGAGUUGCACCUUGAGCGCUGCUUAAAAGAUCUCCGUGAAAGAUUUGCCAAGGUAGAAAUUCAAGCCUCUAAACCUAUAGUUCCCUUUCGUGAAACUGCAGUAAAGGCGUCUGAUAUGGCACCUACAAAGACACCUAAUGCGCCGCGUGGGACCAUCCGCGGUACAAGUUCACAAAAAGUUGUUUCUUUUACCAUCAGAGCAAGCCCACUUCCACCUACCAUCAUGGAUUUCAUCCUUGAAAACUUGACGACGUGGAAGACCCUCCAGCAUGACAGGAAAGUUAAGCAAGGACAGUCUGUAGACGAGGAAGAUGCCGGUGAUAACUACGGGGAUGUGAUUCGGAAGCCUACAGUCACACCUGAACAAUUCUGGGACGCCUUUGACCAAAAGUGUAAAGAGGUCGGAGGUGAAUGGUCGGAUGCAGCAGACAAGACGUGGGCGUUUGGUCCUCAAAAGGCGGGUGCAUGCUUGUUGCUUGAUGCCAGAAAGCCGAAGCCUUACAGCUCGCUGAGAGUUCGUAUGCAAAAACAAAUCAUUGAUGAAGACGGCGCUGAGAUUGAGAGAGUGAUCCGAGAUUUCGAUAAUCACAUUGAAACUGGUUUUCAACUUGCUACCUUUCAAGGACCACUGUGCGCAGAACCCGUAGAAGGCAUGGCGUACUUCGUUGAACAGGUAGAAGUCGAUACAGAGUCGUUAGAAAAAGAAUUGGAACAAAACCGAAUGUCUCAAGUAACUGGAUCUUUGAUAUCGGCCGUAAGAGAUGCUUGUCGGAAUGGCUUGCUAGACUGGUCUCCUAGAUUGAUGCUUGCGAUGUAUACCUGCGAGAUACAAGCACCUACCGACGCUCUUGGAAAAGUAUAUGCGGUCGUUGCUAAACGACGUGGACGCAUUACGGCGGAGGAAAUGAAAGAAGGGACAUCCUUUUUCAAUGUAACCGCGCUUUUGCCUGUUGUGGAGAGUUUUGGGUUCGCGGAUGAUAUCCGGACCAAAACAUCGGGAGCAGCGAGCCCACAACUAAUCUUUAGCGGAUAUGAAUUGCUAGAUUUAGACCCAUUCUGGGUACCAACGACAGAAGAAGAACUGGAAGAUCUUGGAGAAAAGGCUGACCGUUCCAACAUCGCGAAGGGAUAUAUGGAUGCCGUACGUGAUCGUAAAGGCAUGUUCGUUGACAGGAAGAUCGUAGAGUUUGCGGAGAAGCAGAGAACUCUCAAACGAUGA